CUGCAGCGAGAGGCCCCACUGGACGGGGAACGUCCACUGCCGAUCCGCCUUGAGCAGCUCCCGAAUCGCAUCGGUCUGCAUCCCGCUCAUGAUGCCUCCAUAGCAAGUCCACGUCUUCAGAGUGCACAAUGCCCCCGUCGCCAACCACGCCCUUCACCAAGCCCUCCACGAAAUCACACAGCGCGCCGGUCUGGUCUCGGGGAUCCGCCACCGGGAGCACGUUCCACUCCGCCUCCAGCAUCCAGAACUCGGCCAGGUGCCGGCGCGUCACGCCGCUUU